CCACACCAACCAAAAGCCCCGUUACCAAGUGCGCGCGCCAAUUGAAUCAGUGUCGCCAUGCCUUCGAGUAAAGGAAAGCCUACAGACCCCAAACUCAGGGAGAAGGUCAAAGAAGACGUCAAAAACGAGACAAACAAGGACGGCGGAGGCAAGGGACAGUGGAGCGCCUGGAAGGCCGCGAAGCUCUCCAAAGAAUAUGAGAAGAAGGGCGGAUCCUACACCAACGACCCUUCCUCCAAAAACGAGCCGAAGAAAGGCUCCCCCGAACCAAAAUCCAAAUCAAACAAGAAAAACCAAGACAAAUCAGAGGAACCCUCGUCUUCAGAUGAAGAGAAAGAUGGUCAAGCUGAGGAGGAAGAGGAGAAGCCAAAGGCGAAUACCAGCAAGAAGGCCACUGCUGCUAAAGAGGGCGAUGAUGGUGGUAGUGGCGAGAAAAAGAAGAAGAGCGUUGGGAGGCCCAAGAAAACUGAGGGCGCUGGAGGUGCGAACAAAGGGAAGGAGAAGACCGAGGGGACGAGGAAGAGCGCUAGGGUUGCAGGGAAGAGGAAGGGGAGUGAUGAGGACGAGGGAGAGGGAGGGGGCGAUGGGGCCAAGAAGAAGAGUAAGAAGUGA